UCUUCACUCCUUCCCCACUGGACCAAUGGAGCUCACGGUUCCAAGGUUUUGCUUCGCUGUCUCCGGCGACCACCAGGCCGGAAAAUGCCGCUCUCCCUCGAGGAGCUUCUCGCCCAAGAAGGGUUCCGGCGACGCCCCCCGACUGAGCGUUCCACGCCACGCCGUUCUGUACAGUCGCCGGCGGGACCCGACCCCGCGGGGCCGUCGGAGUGGCGACCGCCUCUACGGUCGGCCAGGAAGUCGCGGAAUUCGGGGGCAGACUCCGCCUUUGGCAUCCAGCUCUGCCGGGACACCACCACAAAGGGGAGGACGAGAUCCCUGCGCAGAUCAGAGUCGGGGUCGGGGUUCCCGACUCGGGGGAGCAGCGCUGGGACACCGGCGUCCGAGACGAGGAGCGCGAGGGACGCCAGGGACUCCGGGUUCCCGAUCCAGAUCUGUGGAGAGAGCAAAUUGUUGUCUCAGGGAUCUCAUCGCCGGAUACCGUCUGAACUGUCGACACCCCGGCGGUCGGUACGAAAACCGGUCCUCUCAGACGCCGAGUCGAGGAUCUCCGCUCGCGUGUGCCGGAACGGCAACGCAGCCGCCCCCGUGACGACGGCGGGGUCGGCAGGCUGCGGUCCUGUCACGGUGGACGACGAUUUCCAAGCGGUCGUCUCCAUCCUGAGCGGGUUCGCCGGAAAAUUCAUCAAGGACGAGCGGUUCAGAGUCUCAAUUAGGGAUAGGUGCUGCGCGUGCUUGGAUCUUGAUCCCGAUUUGGAGACAUGGGGAAGUUCAGCGAGGCGGCCGGAGGACGCGAAGGUUCUGUCGAGCUUCCGUUCGGGAGUAGAGGCCGUGGAGCGCUCGGCGAAGAACCGAGCCGAUGCCGCCGCAGCUGAAUCGCUGCGCGGCCCGGUCCGAUCGCUCGGCGCCGUCUCCGGUCUCGCGUCAUCAAAGAAGCGGCACCUCGAGACAUCGGGGAUACCCAAUUCGCGGCUUGGAGCCUGCGCGGAGCUAUACCUCUCUGUGGCGUACAAGCUCGCCCGGGAUGACCGUGCUUCAGCGAAGCAUCUGCUGCAGGUAUUCUGCGACUCGCCGUUCAUGGCUCGCACGGCGUUGCUUCCGGAGCUUUGGGACUACCUCUUCCUGCCGCACCUGCUGCACCUUAAGGUGUGGUACAACCAGGAGCUGGGUUCCCUGUCGGAGGGCAACCACGUGCACUCAAGGAGGGUUAGGGUGUUGGGUGGGCUCUACAACGAGCAGAUGGACAUGGGCACGCUCGAGUUCGCCACCUACUACAAGGACUGGGUCAAGAACGGUGUUCGGAGCGCCGACUUCCCGUCCAUCUCUGUCCCCUCCAGGCCCAAGCUCAGCAACGCUCAGCCAUUGAUCCGAAAGAGUCUGUAUCAGACUGUGUUCAGUCCUGCAUGUGAAGUGGAGUGGGAUGGAAAUGGAGAUCGCCUUCCUCGAAACCAUGAAGAGCCCCCUGGUAAACGUCUGUUGAGAGCUGCAUCCAGUAAUAGUGCACUGGGAAAUCGAGAACAGUCCUCGACUCGCAAAUGGGCAAACGCAAGACUGGAUUUGACAUCUGAGCUUUUGGCAUCAGAAUAUUUUCAUUUGUUUUCGUGUCAUAGGCAACCAGAAACGGGAUCUGCUAUCUGCAAUCACACUGAGAAAAGUAAUGAUUUUGGGGAACUUAAUCUUGGUAUUUCAGGCAACGAUCUUUCUAGACCCAUUAAGGUACUCUAUACUUCCGAUAAUCUUAGCGAUUGUGAAAUUGCUGUACGUCUGAUUGCCAAGGCCUGGUUGGAUUCACAAGGUGAUCCAAUGGUAGAGUUAUCUCUAUCAAAAGCUGCAGUUGUUGAAGGGAUCUUAGAAGUGAUUUCUUCAUCAAAAGAUGAUGAGAUUUUGGAACUGUCUAUGUCAAUCCUAGCUGAAUUAGUAGUGAGGAACAAAGUCAACAGGCAAAUAAUACUCAAUGCAGAUCCGCAGCUGGAAAUUUUUGUCAGAUUGCUGAGGAAUGAUGCUCUCUUUCUAAAAGCUGGUGUGUUGCUUUAUCUGUUGAAGCCCAGGGCAAGGCAGAUGUUAUCUCAUGAGUUGGUGGAAUUGAUCCUUAGGGUUUUACAGGAUGGUGAUAGAAUACAAAGCCUGUUCACCGUUAAAUGUAGCCCUCGAGUAGCAGCUCUUUACCUGUUAGAACAAAUUCUUACUGGUUUUGACAUUGAUAAAAAUGUAGAGAAUGCCAAACAAGUGGUUUCCCUUGGAGGCCUUGAGUUACUGAUCCGAACACUUGAAGUGGGUGAUUCCCGUGAAAGGAAAAGCGCUACAGGUCUUUUAAACUCUUGCAUCCAAGGUGAUGGAGACUGCAGGCAUUACUUGGCUGAAAACAUAAAGAAGUCUUUUAUUCUUGAGCUUUUGCUGAGCAAUGAAGGCAAAUCUAGCUCAUCUGCCUUAUCAUUGCUGAUAGAGCUGUUAUGCUUAAACGGGAGAAGUCAGAUCAACAAGUUCCUCGAUGGACUGAAAAAUGAAGGUUCAGUAAACACAAUGCAUGUCCUACUGGUCUACCUCCAACAUGCGCCCAUAGAGCAGCGGCCCUUAAUUGCUGUUGUCCUCUUGCAACUUGAUCUUCUGGGUGAUUCUCUUGGGCACAGCAUAUAUCGAGCAGAAGCAAUUGAUGCUAUUAUAUCAUUCUUGGACUUCACUUCGUAUGAUGUGAAGGUCCAAGAGCAAUCUGCCAAGGCACUUCUGCUCUUGGGAGGACGUUUUUCUUACUCAGGAGAAACAUCAAUUGAAGUCUGGCUGCUAGAGCAGGCUGGCAUGGAUGACAUUUGUUCAAACAUGUUUGAUGACAAGGUUGCUGUCAUGGAUGCUGCACAUCAGGAUGAAGAGGAGAAAUUGAUUGACGAGUGGCAUAUUUGUGUGGCAAAUGUGCUGCUUAUGAAUGGUAAGAAGAGGUUGCUCGAGGCUCUUUCUUUACCUCUACGUCAUGGGACACGUUCUCUUGCUCGUGCAUGCCUAGUUACUAUUGCAUGGAUCAGCCACACGUUAGCCAAACAUCUGUAUGUGGAGCUACAGUUGAUGGCAUGUUCUGUGUUGGCACAAGGUUUGAUUGAGAGCUUGAGGUUUGACAGGGCGGUAGAAGAAAGGGUGUUGGCAACGUUUUCACUUCUGAAUUUCUCUAAGAAUUCAGAUUGUCUUCAUAUGCUUUCUGCCUAUCAGGCUGAGAUUGUGGGUUCCUUGAGGAGUUUGACUCAAGUUACAUGGACAGCUAGGGACCUUUUAAUUGCCACAAACGACUCAAUCUACACAACAAAUAAGGCUCUUUCACAAAAAGCUCCUUGAAUCAUCAUUUAAUUGCUUGAAGCAUAGUUUCACUUCAACUGUGCUACAUCACCCGGGGAAGUUAUGUUCCAGAAAAUCUGGCUAUGGAAAAUUUGGAAGGCAGGCCUUUCCCAAUUUCGACUGGUUCCUGAUGGAUCUUUUAUCUACUGGGCUUCCAUGUAUUUCAGUGUUGCUUGUUCCAAUUUCUUUUGUUUCAUUACAUUUUUGCUGCCACGUUGGAGGUUGCCUCCCUUGUGUAGAUGAAUUUAUUUACUGCUAAACUUUUUGGUAAAAUGUAAAUUAUGAGUGACAAUAAAAUGUGUAUUAAGUAUUUGUUAUUCAA